GUUUCGGGGGGGUUCUCAGCAAGAUUGGGGGGGGCCCUUUGAGGGCAGCCGCUUUGGGAGACUGGGAAAAACUUUUGGGGGGCACAUCUGCAAAAGGCCUUGCGUGCCCCAGGUGCGAGGGAAGGGGGGCUCGCCCUCCAGAGGCAGUGCUAGCCCAUGUUUGGGGGGGCCCUAUAUAUUUGGGGGGACCAGGGAGGAAAUUGGGGGUGCUUCUUGCAAAGAGCUGGAAGUGUGGGGGCAGACGCCUUCCCCCUGCCUGAAUGCUAGUUGGUUUUGUCUUUCUUUCUUUUUCCAGCUGCCUCCAAAAAUCUUGGGGUCCCCCCUUGCCCCCAGUUUCUGCAGUUUUGGGGCUUCCUUUGUCCACCGGGAGCGGGCUCGGGACCGGCUCGUGGGAGCGCGUCUAGUCCAGCCGGGCGGCUUCACUUUUCUGGAUUCGCCCAUUGUUUCGGGACCAGCUAUUCCAGAGACGGGCCCUCGGCCGGGGGUCGAAGCGUCCCCGACUCGAGAGGUUUCCAGACCCCCUGCUCUAGACCCACCACUUUUCGGGAGCGCCGAGACGCCGGACUUUUCUAGGGGAUCCCGGCUCAGGAAUUUCUCCAGAACCAACUUUUUGCCAGGGUCGGCGAGUUCUGGAGAAUCCAGGUUUUCUAGCCGGACGGUGUUUGGCUCCGUUGAUUUGCCAGAGUCCACAUUUGUAGGGAAACCUGAUUUCCCCUCCGACAAGAAACUUAUUUUUGAGAUUAUUUUUUCUAGAUUGGGAGGCAAAUCUGGAUUUGUUCCAACCCUCCUUGACUGGGGAGAAAUCUGGGGUAAUUUUAUAGCUUGGGGUGAGAUCUGUGUUUAAUAUUUCUAGAUGGGAAGAAAUCUCAGUUUAAUUUUUCUGGAUCAGGAAGAAAUCUGGGUUUAUUUUUUUUCUAGAUUGGGAAGAAAUCUAGGUUUAAUUUUUCUGGAUCAGGGUGAAAUCUGGGUUUAUUGUUUCUGGAUUGGCAUGUAAUCAGGGUUUAAUCUUUUCUGGAUCAGGGCAAAAACUGGGCGUAACUUUUUCUAGACUGUGGAUAAAUCUAGGUUUAAUUUUUCUGGAUCAGGAAGAAAUCCGGGUUUAAUUUUUCUGGAUCAGAGCGAAAUUGGGGGGUUAUUUUUUUCUGGAUCGGGGCAAAAUUUGGGUUUAUUCUUUUCUGGAUUGGGGUGAAAUCUGGGCUUCACUUUUUCUAGAUUGUGGAUAAAUAUGGGUUUAAUUUUUCUGGAUCAGGGUGAUUUCUGGGUAUAUUUUUUUCUGGAUCGGGGCAAAAAUUGGGUUUAAUUUUUUUCUAGAUGGGGAGAACUCUGUUUUUUUUCUAGACUGGGGAGAGCUCUGGGUUUAUUUUUCUGGAUGAGGGUGAAAUCUGGGUUGUUGUUUUUCUAGAUUGGGAAGAAAGGUAGUUUUAAUUUUCAGGAUCAGGGUGAUUUCUGGGUUUAUUUUUUCUGGAUCGGGGCAAAAAUUGGGUUUGUUAUUUUCUGCAUUGGGAUGAAAUCAGGGUUUAUUUCUUUCUAGAUUGGAGAGAAGUCUGGGUUUAUUUUUCGAGAUCAGGGUGCAACCUGGGUUUAAUUUUUGUAGAUUGGGGCGGGGGAAACCCAGGGUUUCCUUUUUCUAGAGUUGGGGGAAUCGAGGAGUCAGACAAAGUGAGGAGUUAAAAGUUUCUGGACCGGGCAAAAAUGGAGCGUUAAAAGUUUCGGAGCUUCGGAGACAUUUGGGGGUUUCCAUUUUUGCCGACUGGGGGAAAAGUGAUCGUUCCCCUCUAGACUAGGGGGAAAUGGGGUGUCCAUUUUGUGCUCGGCGAGAGGCGCUUGGGGGCUGAGUGUUUCCAGAUUAGGGACGUUUUGGGGGGCUGAUUCGCUUCUUAGCCUAGGGAGAAUUUCCUCUAGAAUAGAAACAAUUUGUGGCGGGAGGGAGUUGAUUUUUCCACGCCAGAAAUGUAUUCACAGGUUAAUCUUUUCCAGACUUGGUCAUUUAUUAGGACGUAAAUAUUCUGGUGGGUCGAUUUUUCUGGCUAUCGGGGUUAGCGGAGUCCUUCCCGAGAGAGGGAAAUCUGCGGGAUUCGGGUGUCCCGGACCAAGGCGGGUUGGGGCUGCCGUGUUUCUGGGCAAAGGAUUAUUUUUCUGGAGUAAAGUUUCCCCGAUUGGGGAUUUACUCCCCCCCCCCCCCACCCUUGGUUGAUCAGGAUUUUGCGACAGCAGCUUUUCCCCUGCUCAGGAAUUCGGGACCCCGGCCAUGGAGCUCUGGCUGCUUUGUCUCUGGAUUCCCCUCAUGCAGGCGGUGGAGGAGACCCUGCUGAACACCUGGCUGGAGACGUCGGAUCUCAAGUGGACGACGUACCCCCAAACAGACGGCCAGUGGGAGGAGCUGAGCGGGCUGGACGAGGAGCGCCAGCGCUCGGUCCGCACCUUCGAGGUGUGCGCGGUGGAGGGGCCGGGCCGGGAGGCCUGGCUGCGGAGCGGCUUCGUGCCGCGCCGGGGGGCGACCCACGUCUACGCCGAGCUGCGCUACACGGUGGUGGAGUGUUUCUCCCUCCCGCGCCCGGCCCGGGCCUGCAAGGAAACCUUCAACGUCUUCUUCUACGAGGCCGAGCGGGACCUGGCCACGGCCACCGAGCCGCCCUGGCUGGAGAACCCCUGGGUCAAGGUGGACACGGUGGCGGCCGAGCACCUGACCCGCAAGCGGCCGGGAGCCGAGGCCACCGGCAAGGUGAACGUCAAGACCCUGCGGCUCGGGCCGCUGAGCAAAGCCGGCUUCUACGUGGCCUUCCAGGACCAGGGGGCCUGCAUGGCGCUGCUGGGCGUCCGGCUCUACUUCAAGAAGUGCCCCGCGGCCGUGGCCCGGCUGGCCGCCUUCCCCGAGACGGUGCCCCGGGAGCUGGUGACGCCCGUGGCCGGCGCCUGCGUGGCCGGGGCCGAGCCCGAGGGCCCCGGGCCCCUCAGCAUGUACUGCCGGGAGGACGGGCGCUGGGCCGAGCACGCGCCCGCCGGCUGCGGCUGCCUGGCCGGCCACGAGGCCGCCGAGGGGAACACGCAGUGCCGAGCCUGUGCCCCCAACAACUUCAAGGCCGCGCAGGGUGAGGGGCUCUGCCAGCCCUGCCCCCCCUACAGCCAUUCCUCAGCGCCUGGCGCCUCCAUCUGCUCCUGCCGCAACGGGUACUUCCGUGCCAGCGCCGACCCCCCCGGCUCCCCCUGCACCACGACCCCCUCGGCCCCGCGCAGCAUCGUGCCCCAGAUCAACGGCUCGGGGGUGGUGCUGGCCUGGAGCGAGCCCCUGGAGAGUGGGGGCCGCCGGGACGUGACCUACAACGUGCUCUGCUCCGAGUGCCCCGAGGGGCGGCCCUGCCAGCGCUGCACCCGCCUCAGCUUCGCCCCCAGCGCGGCCGGGCUGGCGGAGCCGGGGGUGAGCGUCCAGGGCCUGCAGCCCUACGUCACCUACAGCUUCGAGAUCCAGGCCGUCAAUGGGGUGUCGGAGCUGAGCCCCAACCCGCCCCAGGCCGAGCUGGUCAACGUCACCACCAACAAGGACGUGCCCCCCCCCGUGGACAAGGUCCAGGGGUCUCUGUCCCCGACCGGGAUGGUUCUGCGCUGGCCGGUGCCCCCCCCCCCCCGCGGGCGCAUCCUGGACUACGCGGUGAAAUACUCCGAGACGGGCGCGCCGGGCGGGGAGUCCCCCAUGUUCCUGAAGGCGUCGGAGGCCCAGGUGACGCUGCAGGAGCUGCGCCGGGGGGCGUCCUAUGGGGUGCGGGUCCGCGCCCGCUCCGAGGCCGGGUACGGGGAGUUCGGGCCGGAGUUCCUCGUCCCCGUGCAGGGCACUGAGGCGGGGGGCCGGGCGGAGCAGCUGGGGCUGAUCGUGGGGGCGGCCGCCGUGGGGGCCCUGCUGGUGCUGGCGGUGGUGGCAGUGGCUGUGAUCUGCGUCAGGAAACAUGGGGCGGGGGGACGAGACCCCGAAUACUCGGACAAACACGGCCAGUACCUCAUUGGGCACGGCACCAAACUCUACAGACCCUUCACCUACGAGGACCCCAACGAGGCCGUGCGGGAAUUCGCCAAAGAGAUCGACGUCUCCUACGUGAAAAUCGAGGAGGUGAUCGGCGCCGGGGAGUUCGGGGAGGUGUGCCGGGGCCGGCUCAAGGUGCCCGGGAAGAAGGAGAGCUGCGUGGCCAUCAAGACGCUGAAGGGGGGGUACACGGAGCGGCAGCGCCGGGAGUUCCUCAGCGAGGCCAGCAUCAUGGGGCAGUUCGAGCACCCCAACAUCAUCCGGCUGGAGGGGGUGGUGACCAGCAGCACCCCAGUCAUGAUCCUCACCGAGUUCAUGGAGAACGGGGCGCUCGACUCCUUCCUGCGGCUGAACGAGGGGCAGUUCACGCCCAUCCAGCUGGUGGGGAUGCUGCGGGGCAUCGCCUCGGGGAUGCGCUACCUGGCCGAGAUGAGCUACGUGCACCGGGACCUGGCCGCCCGCAACAUCCUGGUCAACUGCAACCUGGUCUGCAAAGUCUCCGACUUCGGCCUCUCCCGCUUCCUGGAGGAGAACUCCUCCGACCCCACCUACACCAGCUCCCUGGGCGGGAAGAUCCCCAUUCGCUGGACGGCCCCCGAGGCCAUCGCUUUCCGCAAGUUCACCUCGGCCAGCGAUGCCUGGAGCUAUGGGAUCGUCAUGUGGGAGGUGAUGUCCUUCGGGGAGCGGCCCUACUGGGACAUGUCCAACCAGGACGUGAUCAACGCCAUCGAGCAGGAUUACCGCCUGCCCCCCCCGCCCGCCUGCCCCACGGCGCUGCACCAGCUCAUGCUCGACUGCUGGCAGAAGGAGCGAAGCGCCCGGCCCCGCUUCGCCCAGCUCGUCAGCUCCCUCGACAAGCUGAUCCGCAACCCGGCCAGUCUGCGCAUCGUCUCCCGGGACGGCGCCGGGCCGUCCCACCCCCUCCUGGACCAGCGGGCCCCCCACGGCGCCUCCUUCGGCUCCGUCAGCGACUGGCUCCAGGCCCUCGACAUGGGCUGCUACGAGGAGAAGUUCAGCACGGCCGGAUUCAGCUCCCUCGAGCUGCUCAGCCAGAUCUCCAGCGAGGACCUGCUCCGAAUCGGGGUGACCCUGGCCGGCCACCAGAAGAAGAUUCUCUCCAGCGUCCAGAACAUGCGGAUCCAGAGCAAAGCCGCCCCGUCCGGAGGGGCGGCCGGGAGCCGAUUCUGACCCGAUUCGGGGCUCGAGUCCUGCCUGGUCCCCUGGAGCUGGGAACGAACCGGACCCUGGGUUUCUAACGGGACCCUGACUUUGCUGCAGGGGCAGGUCUUGAACCAGGAACUUGGGGGACCCCUGCCCCCCCAACCCCUCAGGGCUUGCACUUUGUCUAUCUGAGCAGGGAGAAUAUUGGGGGGGGCUAUUGGUCGAUGGUUCCAAGAUGGCCGACGGGCCCUUCGGUCAACUGCCAAGAUGGCCGCACUUCAGUCUCCCAAGAUGGCCGCUCUUGCUUGGGGAUCCCAAGAGGGCCGUUCUUGCUUGGUUGCCGGGCAGCCCUCAGGACCCUGUCAGGUUCCCAGGAUGGCCGCCCGUUGGUGGUCAGGGGGUCUCAAGAUGGCCGACGGGCCCUUCGGUCAACUGCCAAGAUGGCCGCACUUCAGUUUCCCAAGAUGGCUGCUCUUGCGUGGGGAUCCCAAGAGGGCCGCUCUUGCUUGGUUGCCGGGCAGCCCUCAGGACCCUGUCAGGUUCCCAGGAUGGCCGCCCGUUGGUGGUCAGGGGGGUCUCAAGAUGGCCGACGGGCCCUUCGGUCAACUGCCAAGAUGGCCGCACUUCAGUCUCCCAAGAGGGCCGCUCUUGCUUGGUUGCCGGGCAGCCCUCAGGACCCUGUCAGGUUCCCAGGAUGGCCACCAAUUGGUGGUCGGGGGGGGGGUGUCUCAAGAUGGCCACCACUGGUUGGGGAGACCAAGAUGGCUGCCCUUGGGUGGUCUCCGAAGUCGGGCGGCCUUCGGUGGGGAAUCCAAGAUGGCCGCUCUGCGGUCAGGCUCCAAGAUGGCCGCUGGGGAGCAAGAUGGCCGCCCUUCCGCCAGAAGCCUCCUCCCUCGUAAAGAGUUGAGGGGCAGUGAUGUAAUCGGGGGGGGGUCCCCUGGGAGGGGGAGACCCCCCCAGCAUCUACUUGAAUCUCUAGGCCCCUCCCCCACCAUUGGGGGGGGCUAUAAACUUGGCUCUGCCCCCCCCACCCCAUGAAACCAAAGAGUGACUAUGGACAGCGGUGAUGUCAUGGCUGCCCAGUGAUGUCAUUGACCGGGGACGGCCAGAAACGAGGGGGUGAUGUCAUCCCCCAGCGACUGCCCCGUGAUGUCACCAGGAGCGGCUGUGAUGUCACCCCAUCAGGAGCCCUGUGAUGUCAUCAUUGCAGGCCCGUGAUGUCAUCGGGCCAUGAGGUCGUCGCGGCAGGACAUUGGGGGGGGUGAGGUCAUCAGCGGUCACCGGACUUUCGCCUUCAUAUUGAAGGGGAAUUUAACCCGGGGGGGGAGCUAAUGUCCAGCCCCCCCAGAGCUGGGACAGCGUGUGGGGUAUCGGACUCCCCCUCCCCCCUGAGCCGAGGUGGAUUUGGGGUGUCCCCGCCGCC